AUGCUUCUUAGGAACAUUGAUCAGCAAAAUGGUUUGUGUAAUGGUACAAGGUUACAGGUUACAUUUCUUGGAAAGAGGGUCAUAGAAGCUGAAAUUAUAUCAGGUGCUAAUGUCGGAACCAGAACAUUCAUACCAAGAAUUAGCAUGAUUCCCUCCGACAAAAAAAUUCCUUUUGCUUUUCAAAGACGACAGUUUCCUGUUGCUGUGUGCUUUGCUAUGACGAUCAACAAGAGUCAAGGCCAAUCUUUAUCUAAGGUUGGAUUGUUUUUAAAAGAGCCUGUUUUUACACAUGGCCAGCUAUAUGUAGCAUUGUCAAGAGUUAAAUCAAGGGAAGGUGUGAAGAUGUUAAUUCUUGAUAAGGAUGGCAAACCUACCAACACAACAACUAAUGUGGUUUACAAAGAAGUGUUCACACACUUAUGA